UGAAUCCCCAAUUCGUUUUCAUUUUCACAGUAACCUCGAUUGUAUCUACAUUCUCAGUUUUUUCAGAUUUGUUUUUGCUAACAAUGGGUUCUUCAACAACAGUUGUGUUGCGGAGAAGAACGGAAGCUCCAAAACCGGGAAGAACAUUGAGGAACAGGUCGAAUUCAAGGAAAAUGGUUGAUGAAGAUGAAUAUAGCGAUACUUCAUGUGAGAAAUGUGGAUCUGGUGAAUACCCAGCUCAGCUUUUGCUUUGUGACAAAUGUGACCGAGGAUUUCAUCUGUUUUGCUUGAGACCCAUUCUGGCUUCAGUGCCCAAAGGCUCCUGGUUCUGCCCAUCUUGCGAUGAUAACAAGAAUCUGACAAAAUUUCCUCUUGUGCAAACAAAGAUUGUUGAUUUUUUCCGAAUUCAGAGACCGUCUAACUCGAUUAAUGAGUUUAGUCCAGGCAAAGAUUGCCAGAAAAAGAGAAAACGUGGCAGUAGCUUGGUAGUGUCAAAGAAGAGAAGAAGAUUAUUGCCCUUCAAUCCGACUAAGGAUCCUACCCGGAGAUUGGAACAAAUGACAUCUCUUGCUACUGCCUUGUUAGCAGCUGGAGCAGAUUUCAGCAAUGAGCUCACCUAUAUGCCAGGCAUGGCCCCACGAACAGCUAAUCAUGCAGCACUCGAGCGAGAGGGAAUGCAGGUAUUAUCUAAAGACGAUACAGAAACUUUACAGUUGUGCAAGAACAUGAUGAAACAGGGUGAAUGGCCACCACUCAUGGUUGUUUUUGAUCCCAAAGAGGGAUUUACUGUUGAAGCAGAUGCGAUCAUAAAAGACUGGACAAUAAUUACAGAGUAUGUUGGAGAUGUUGAUUACUUGAAUAACCGGGAAGCUGAUGAUGGAGAUAGCAUGAUGACUCUUUUAACUACUAAUGAUCCUUCAAAAGACCUUGUCAUUUGUCCUGACAAGCACAGUAAUAUUGCUCGCUUCAUCAAUGGGAUAAACAAUCAUACUCCCGCUGGGAAGAAGAAGCAGAAUUUGAAGUGUGUGAGGUUUGAUGUUAAUGGUGAAUGCCGUGUUUUAUUGGUUGCAAACAGAGACAUUCGAAAGGGAGAGAGGCUAUAUUAUGACUACAAUGGUUAUGAAAAUGAAUAUCCAACUGAACACUUUGUUUGACCUCAUAGGAUCCAAACUGAUUUGUCCA